GAGUCGGGGUGUGAAGCACGAGGCGCUCGCCUCGUUUAAGGCAGGAGAUGUCCCUGCCCCUUGCCGCUGCUGCCCAGCCCAGGAGCGCGCAGCCCUGCAAGCACGUGGGGCCGCCCGGGCUGCCCUGCACACCCCUCCCUCCAGAUGUAGUCCAGGCCCAUCGGGGCCCGCGCAAGGAUCCCCAGCACGGCCACCUGACUGAGUGCUGGGCGUGCUGCGGCCCGCUGCUUGUGCCUCCGCCGCCGGCGCUGCGGCCGGAGGAAGGCGCCCGCCGAGCCCACGGCCCCGGGAGCGCACUGCAGCCAUUAUGCACGGCGCCUCCUAGCGGGGCAGUGGCAAAUCCCGCUUCUCGCGAGAGCUCCCCUCAGUGGGGAUUAUAUAAUUUCCCUUAGGCGGGAGUGGGGGUGCUGUGGGCACCCACUUUCAGGGAAAGUUUGGUGCAAGCAUGAGUGGGGGCUAGAGGACUGUCCCCGGGGGACAUGGUGGGAGAGGGGCCUGCCCUCCCAGUGGCCCCCCCAUCUAGCUGGACAAUGAGUCCUCUUAUGCUAAUGAGCCCCUUACGUCACUUCCGCUCUUUCUCGGCCGCCAUUUUGGCUAAGGCAGGUUCGGGCACUCGCUCCGAGGCGCUUGUAUUGUCUGCCGAGGGGAGACGCGGGAUCGGCCCCCUCCCCCGCCCGUGGCCGCCGCCGCCUCCGCCGGCCCGGUCUCCCCUCCGCCGCCCGCCGGGAUCCAUGAGCUGAAUUCCCGCCCCCCCGGCCGCCGCCAUCUUGUGCCCCCUCCCCCUCCCGCAGGCAGCGCUAAGGGGGAUUUUGGCGUCUCCUCAGACACAGCUCCCUCUCUCGGUCUCCGCCGCCGAGGAGCGAGGGGAGCGUGGCCGCCGCCGCCCGCCUGGCCGCGCCGGUGAAGCCUCCUCUCCCACGCCCUCCGUCUCCUCCCUCCGCCCCUCCUUUGUCUGCACCGCUCGACGCCGCCGCCGCCGCCCGCGCGGGGUCCGGAGCGAGCCGCUCGCGCCGCCGCCCGCCGCUCUGCUGCGCCCGCCGCGCCCCCCGGCAGGAGCCGCGGCCGCGGCGCGAGCCGGAGCCCGAGCGCGACGAGGCCCCGGGCGCGCCCUGCCCGCCCUCGCCGCCGUGCCGCCGCCAUCCGCCCGCCGCCGCCGCCCGGCCCCCGAGCACGCCGGCCCCGCGCGCGCCUCGAGGCCGAGCCAAGGUGUGAGAUGCACAGUGCGAAACCUAGGCCCCAGCUUUUGCGCCAUGAUGCACAGGGUUGUACUUUUUGUACUGAGCUGAUAGGUGGCCUAGUGGUUAUGUCCUGUACUGCCAUUUUGAGGAUCUGGACUCCGUUUCCCGCCUUGCUCUUUGGACCGCAUUGUCAAUUCACACCGAAACUAUGUUCCAACUUCCUGUCAACAAUCUUGGCAGUUUAAGAAAAGCCCGGAAAACUGUGAAAAAAAUACUUAGUGACAUUGGGUUGGAAUACUGUAAAGAACAUAUAGAAGAUUUUAAACAGUUUGAACCUAAUGACUUUUAUUUGAAAAACACUACAUGGGAGGAUGUAGGAUUGUGGGACCCUUCACUUACGAAAAACCAGGACUAUCGAACAAAACCUUUUUGCUGCAGUGCUUGCCCAUUUUCCUCAAAAUUCUUCUCUGCCUACAAAAGUCAUUUCCGGAAUGUCCAUAGUGAAGACUUUGAAAAUAGGAUUCUUCUUAAUUGCCCCUACUGUACCUUCAAUGCAGACAAAAAGACUUUGGAAACACACAUUAAAAUCUUCCAUGCUCCAAACGCCAGCGCACCAAGCAGCAGCCUCAGCACUUUCAAAGAUAAAAGCAAAAAUGAUGGCCUUAAACCUAAGCAGGCUGACAGUGUAGAGCAAGCUGUUUAUUACUGUAAGAAGUGCACUUACCGAGAUCCUCUUUACGAGAUAGUUAGGAAGCACAUAUACAGGGAACAUUUUCAACAUGUGGCAGCACCCUACAUAGCAAAGGCGGGAGAAAAAUCACUCAACGGCGCAGUCCCCUUAGGCUCGGGCGCCAGGGAAGAGUGUAGUAUCCACUGUAAGCGGUGCCUUUUCAUGCCAAAGUCGUACGAAGCUUUGGUACAGCAUGUCAUUGAAGACCAUGAACGGAUAGGCUAUCAGGUCACUGCCAUGAUCGGGCACACCAAUGUGGUGGUUCCUCGAUCUAAACCCUUGAUGCUGAUUGCCCCCAAGCCUCAAGAGAAGAAGGGCAUGGGACUUCCCCCAAGAAUUGGUUCUCUUGCUUCUGGAAAUAUCCGCUCUUUACCAUCACAGCAGAUGGUGAAUCGACUCUCUAUACCAAAGCCUAACUUAAAUUCAACAGGAGUCAACAUGAUGCCCAAUGUUCACCUACAGCAGAAUAACUAUGGGGUCAAAUCCGUAGGCCAGAGCUAUGGCGUUGGUCAGUCAAUGAGACUGGGUCUUGGUGGCAACGCACCAGUUUCUAUCCCUCAGCAAUCUCAAUCUGUGAAGCAGUUACUUCCAAGUGGAAAUGGAAGAUCGUACGGGCUUGGCUCAGAACAGAGGUCCCAGGCGCCUGCGCGGUUCUCCCUGCAGUCUCCUAAUGCCACCUCGUCUCUCUCAUCAGGCCCAUUAAAGUCCCCUUCCCUGUCCCAGGCACAGGCCUCCAGAGUGUCAGGUCAGUCCAGCUCCAAACCCACUGCAGCUGCCACAGGCCCUCCUCCAGCCAAUACUUCCUCAACUCAGAAGUGGAAAAUAUGUACAAUCUGCAAUGAGCUUUUUCCUGAAAAUGUCUAUAGUGUGCAUUUCGAAAAAGAACAUAAAGCUGAGAAAGUCCCGGCAGUAGCCAACUACAUUAUGAAGAUACACAAUUUUACUAGCAAAUGCCUCUAUUGUAAUCGCUAUUUGCCCACAGAUACCUUGCUCAACCACAUGCUUAUUCAUGGUCUGUCUUGCCCAUAUUGCCGUUCGACUUUCAAUGAUGUAGAAAAGAUGGCAGCACACAUGCGGAUGGUUCACAUUGAUGAGGAAAUGGGGCCUAAGACAGAUUCUACUUUGAGUUUUGAUCUGACCUUGCAGCAGGGCAGUCACACCAACAUCCAUCUCCUGGUGACCACGUACAACUUGAGGGAUGCUCCUGCUGAAUCUGUUGCUUACCAUGCCCAGAAUAACCCUCCAGUUCCUCCAAAGCCACAGCCCAAAGUUCAGGAAAAGGCAGACAUCCCGGUUAAAAGUUCACCCCAAGCUGCAGUGCCCUACAAAAAGGAUGUCGGAAAAACCCUUUGCCCUCUUUGCUUCUCAAUCCUAAAAGGACCCAUAUCUGAUGCACUUGCACAUCACUUACGAGAGAGGCACCAAGUAAUUCAGACGGUUCAUCCAGUUGAGAAGAAGCUCACCUACAAAUGUAUUCAUUGCCUUGGUGUAUAUACCAGCAAUAUGACCGCCUCGACCAUCACUCUGCAUCUGGUUCACUGCAGGGGUGUUGGGAAGACCCAGAAUGGCCAGGAUAAGACGAAUGCGCCUUCUCGGCUUAAUCAGUCUCCAGGCCUGGCCCCUGUGAAGCGCACCUACGAGCAGAUGGAAUUUCCCUUGCUGAAGAAGCGGAAGUUAGAGGAAGAUAGCGAUGCGCCCAGCUUCUUUGAAGAGAAGCCGGAGGAGCCUGUCGUCCUGGCUUUAGACCCCAAGGGUCAUGAAGAUGAUUCCUAUGAAGCCAGGAAAAGUUUUCUAACAAAGUAUUUCAACAAGCAGCCGUACCCCACCCGGAGAGAGAUUGAGAAGCUGGCGGCCAGUUUAUGGCUAUGGAAAAGUGACAUUGCUUCCCAUUUUAGUAACAAAAGGAAGAAAUGUGUCCGUGAUUGUGAAAAAUAUAAACCUGGUGUGUUGCUGGGUUUCAACAUGAAAGAAUUAAAUAAAGUCAAACAUGAGAUGGACUUUGAUGCUGAGUGGCUGUUUGAAAAUCAUGAUGAAAAGGAUUCCAGAGUCAAUGCUAGUAAGACUGCUGACAAAAAGCUCAGCCUGGGCAAAGACGAUGACAGUUCCUCAGACAGCUUUGAGAAUCUAGAAGAAGAAUCCAAUGCAAGUGGUAGUCCUUUUGACCCUGUUUUUGAAGUUGAACCUAAAAUCCCCAAUGAUAAUCCAGAAGAACAUGAACCGAAGGUAAUUCCAGAGGAUGCUUUAGAGUCUGAGGAGAAGCUAGACCAAAAAGAGCAGGAGGGUUCAAAAUAUGAAACUCUUCAUUUGACUAAGGCACCAACCAAAUUAAUGCACGAUGCUUCUGACAGUGAGGUUGACCAGGAUGAUGUCGUUGAGUGGAAGGACGGUGCCUCUCCCCCUGAGAGCGUGCCUGGCUCCCAGCAUGUGUCGGACUUUGAGGACAACACGUGUGAGGUGAAACCAGGGACCUGGUCUGAUGAGUCUUCCCAGAGUGAAGAUGCAAGGAGCAGUAAGCCAGCUGUCAAAAAAAAGGCUACCAUGCAUGGUGACAGAGAGCAGUUGAAAUGGAAGAAUAGUUCCUAUGGAAAAGUUGAAGGAUUUUGGUCCAAGGACCAGUCACAGUGGAAGAACACAUCUGAGAAUGAUGAGCGCUUAUCCAACCCCCAGAUUGAGUGGCAGAAUAGCACAAUUGACAGUGAGGAUGGGGAGCAGUUUGACAGUAUGACUGAUGGAGUAGCUGAGUCCAUGCACGGCAGCCUAACGGGCGUGAAACUGAGCAGCCAGCAGGCCUGAGUGCCUGGUUGCUGGCAUCGCUGAUUGACACUGCAGCCUGGAACUCAGCAGUCCUGCUGCUGUGCCUGCGGGGCUGUGUCAUAAGUGGUACUGCCGUGUGAGUGCUGGUCAGCACGCUGUGGGACAGAAUUGGCCGCUGACGUAGCAGUGGCUCCAAGUCUGUGACACGUGAUUGGCUGGUGAUUGCUUCAGAACUUUUCUGACGGACAGUAACUGAAUGUGAAGAUGAAUGAGCUGGUGGCUCCCACUUCCAAGGAGGGAGAGCAGAGGUGGAUUUGUCUUCAGCAAUCUCUCUCCUCUGUAGAAUGUUCUGGUGGAUGUCCUUGAUUCACUGAUUCAUGUGGUAGUGUAGGGCCAACAGACAAGCUGCCAUUCUAAAGUGUAUAGCAGGCUUUGGGAAAAUCAGUUCUUUUUUCUUGUAUUCAUUCUGAAUAGUUGAAAUGUAUAUUUGUACAGUCUUUUAGACCUACGCAAGUGAUGCAUAUGAUAUUGUUACUGUGUGCCCAUCAUAGCUUUGUUUUUUGGUUUUUGGGUUUUUAGUGCUGCCCUUGCUGUGUAUAAACGCUGUAUCUAGUUUCUCUAGCAAAAGCUUGAAACUGCGCUAGUACGGACUUUUGGACAGACUUAGUUCUUUGCACAUAACCUUGUACAAUCUUGCAACAGAGGCCAGCCACAUAAGAUAUAUAUCUGGACUCUCCUGUAUUAUAGAAUUUUUUCUUGUUCUGAAUAUCCUUGACAUUACAGCUGUCAAAAACAAAAAACUGGUAUUUCAGAUCUGUUUUCUGAAAUCUUUUAAGCUAAAAUCACAUGGAAACAUUGACUUUACAGCUACUAAUUUGGACACCUUUUAGAUCUGUAUAAAAGUGUGUUGUGUUGAAGCAGCAAACCAAUGAGUGCUGCAUUUUGGAUAUUUAGUUUUAUCUUUAGUUAAACACCACUCUGGUGUGUUCAUUUAUACCAUCUAAUAUAUGACACACUGUUGUAGUAUGUAUAAUUUUGUGAUCUUUAUUUCCCUUUGUAUUCAUUUUAAGCAUCUAAAUAAAUUGCUGUAUUGUGCUUAAUGUAAAAA